AUGAUGCCCACUUUAGCGGGCCUGUUCAGCCUGUGGCUCCUACUGUUUUCGGGGUUGCGACUUGAGGGUGUCCUGUGUAAAGACGGAGUUACGAGCGGGGUUCAGAAGGAUGCGAACGUACGCACUGCGGACUCUGCAAAUCCCCAGCGUGGAGUCAACAAAAGCUUCAUAGGAAACUUUGAGGAUAUUACUUCUGACGAAGCGACGGCAAGGCCUCAUAAGCCCAGCUUCAUUGGGCCGAGCGUUGAGGUCAUUGGCACCGGGGAAGACGAUAGCACAAUCAGCAGAAGCACCACCACCACCACCACCACCACGACCAAAACUACAAAUACGACACAGACGUCCACAACUACCAAAGCUCCCACAAAAUCGUCACCUAAUCUGUAUGUAGAGGCCCUGAGAGCGAAAGGUCCCUUCAGUAGUUUCGAGCCGUGGGAAGCGGACAAUUACUUUGACCUAUUAGACCCCUUCGUGAACCUUUCUACAACAACCACAACAACAUCAACGACAACAACAACAACAACAACCACAACGACGCCCGGUGUUCCCGUGGAUAGAAGCUACCCCACAGAAAUUGUUGAAGUUGGCAAACCGUUUCAAGAAGAACUGGAACGCUGCAGAUCUACCCUGCCGAUAAGUGCAGUUUCACAUGGAGAAACUGAAUUUCUGUUGAGAGGUGGCUGGAAUGUACAAGUGGGAGAAGGAGGGAAGACACUUGAUUACAAUGCAGUGUCAGACGACCUGCGGCCUCCUCCACGGUGGUUAGUUGGGAGACUCUGGAGGGCUUUCCGGAGAAAGAUCAGCAUACCAUAUGAGUUCUUCAGGAUUGUUUUGCCCAUGCCGCAAGGCUGUUUUUACAUUCCAGGUGAUGUUGGGACUGGCGCGGCCGCCAUUGGAGAUCAGGAGAGAGUCACAAGCAUUCGUGUGCGACUAUCUCCCGAGAUCUUUGUCACCUUCGGAGUCUCUUCUGUACCACCACCUGUUACUCCUGUUCACGCCGAAUUCGGAAAGGGGAAAUUCAUGGCUGUUGGAGAUUGCCUUUUCGCCAUGGAGGUUAUUAGGCCUAUUACAGCGGACAGUCUGUUGCUGAGAGCUUCAGGGCUGAGAGCAGUUGUGGAGUCUGUAGACCACAACGGCGUAUCCAGAUUUCCAAUUCAGAAUUUUGAAAUCCCUUGCACGUGCCGUCCUCAACGAAUGGGUCUGGUCAGCUGGUGGGUGGGCGAGGGCCCUAAAGGCUUCCCUUACGUGCUGUUUCACGUGGGUUAUGAUGGGGACAGCAGGCCCGAUGCAUGCAGCAAACAGCAAAUUAAGAAAGUGCCUCUUGGAGAGCUAGAUAAGCAAGUCGUGUACAAUGACACACCCUUUUAUAAAAUCGAAUAG